GAGAUUGUUUCGAAAUCAAUAGACGUAAUGCGUCGGUUUCUUCGACCUUAGGUAUCAUUAAUCACAAAAAACACGAUGCGAUUUAAUUCACGGAUGCAAAGAUGUGUAUAUUAUAAUAUAUGAAAUUUCGGUCAUUUUGAGUUCUGUGUACGAAUUUCCAAUUUUUGUAGAAUUAGCAAGCAUUCUUGCAGGAACUGUUUGUAAAUGCAUUUUUCAUCUGAUAUUCGUAGGAUAAAUGGUGUUUUUCAGCACGUGCUGAAGUUUUGACGGUUUUGACAGUUUACUAGUGCCAUGAUGCGGGAGUUCUGAAAAUUUAUUAUUAGCAUGGCUUAUCAAGUGGCAGUUACUGUAACUACACGACUACCGAACCUUAUGUACAAGACUUACUAUUAAGACGAAGCCGUCCUUACGGAUUUCGGAGCUGCAACUGUUUGCAUUUCAAGAGCAAGAUGACAGAAUCGAGUACACUGCAGCAGGACUCAUUUUGGGGGAUUUUCCCCAAUUUUACAGUUUCAUUGCAGGUGUCACAACUUACGUAAUUACUUUGGUUCAGUUCAGUAAGAAAUAUUAAUACGUCAGUAUGAGUGUAAGAUUCCGUUACUGCAAGAGCCACUGACCUUUGUUUAUUUCUUUGGUAUUAAAUGACACUUCGUCAGGCUGUAUGCUAUGCAGCUUCGGAAGGCAGACAACGUGGUAAACAAAAUGACAAUAAUAUGAAUGAAAGCAAAGACAAUCUUACUUUGAACCAUCAGGCAGGUGACUUUGAACCUGUUCAUAUAAAGCAGGAAGAGGGAAGCAUACCAUCAUCAGCAAUUGCAAUAAUGAAAAGGGAAGAUAAGGAAAUGUGUGAUGAAAAUGGUGGAUCUAUUCAAGAAAUUAAAAAUGAAAUAAAAACUGAGGAACAAGAUGUGAAUGUUGACUGUGUGGAGCAGUUCACUGGUGAAAAGGAGGACUGUGGUGAUGGUCAAGAGAGUGCAAACCAAGAUUAUUUUGAAGGUGGUUUAAGCAAUUUUCUUGACAUAUCCAUAUCCGAAGGUGUUAAUAAUAUAAAACCGAAGGCCAAACCCUCUGAAGUAAGACGUUUUAAAUGUAAAGUGUGCAGUAAACUGUUUACAAGAGAUCAGCACUUGAAAAAACAUAUACGUACACACACGGGUGAAAAGCCAUAUAAAUGUGAAUCGUGUCAGAAAUUAUUUUCACAAAGGGAACAUUUAGCAAUACACACACGAAAGCACACUGGAGAGAAACCGUAUGUAUGCGAGGUUUGCAAUAAAGGAUUUUCUCGGAGUGAAUAUUUGGUAGUGCAUAUACGUACACACACUGAAGAAAAACCUUAUAAAUGUGAAGUCUGUGGUAAAAUGUUUUCACAGAGUGUACAUCUUUCGCAUCACACGCGCAUUCACACUGGGGAGAAACCGUAUAGAUGCCCAAUGUGCAGCAAAGAAUUCUCACGCGGUGGAGACCUUGUGCGACAUAAAAGAACACAUACGGGAGAAAAGCCUUAUACAUGUAAUGUGUGUGGGAAAGUUUUCACUGAGAGUGGACAUUUAGCAACACAUUUGCGGAUUCACACAGGAGAGAAGCCAUUCAAAUGUGAGAUAUGUACGAAAAGAUUUGCAAGAAGAGCAGUUCUAGCUGAUCAUGUACGUACUCAUACUGGAGAGAAACCAUUCAAGUGCGAAAUUUGCGAAAAAUGUUUCUCUCAGACUGGAAAUCUUGCAACACAUCGACGAUCUCACUUUAGAGAGAAGGCUAAAGAUUAGUAAAUCUGUGAUCAGCAGAUGAUAAUUUUGUUAGUAUUUGUUAUGUCUGAAGAUUAUUUCAAUGUCAUGCUUUUGUUAGAUGAAAUACUUUUAAAGUACAUUCCACUGAAGAGAUAUAAUUUGAAUUUCAUGGGUUUUACAUGUUCUGUUGUUAUUGUCAACGUGAAAGAUAUGAUUACCAGACUAAACUGUAAGAUUCACAUUGAAAGGAGAAGUAUGAAAUGAAAUCCAAUAAAAUUAACUGGCUAUGUUUACUAACACAGACAUAAUAGUGACAAUUGUACACUACGGAAGAAAUACAGAACAUGCAGCUAUGUGACGCAAAGAUGGUAAGUUAAAUCAGUGGACUAGGUUACAGAAGGGUGACAGAGGGAUGAGUUUGUUUCCUGGUGGGAGAUAAGAAACCGUUCCUAUACAGCAUCAAAACUGACUCACCCACACCCAGUCUUGUGUAAAAUGGGUCCUGGGGUUCUUUUUCCCUACAGAUUGUGCAGGGUGGGCAGGGCAUGAUGCUGACCACUCAUCUCCAUCUAGUGCUGAGGUUACCUAUGCAUGGAGCUGUACUUAUGCUCUGUUCACUUCAUUGUAUUGUGCUUAAUCAAGCACAGACAUAAUUUUACUUUUACCUGACACAGUUAAUAACAGAAUAAUUAACACAAUUUCAAGAGAUCUUAAAGGAUUACCAACACAUAAUCAUUAGAAGUAACAGUUUACAUUUGAAAUGAAUUUGACUGAGCGUACUGAAAUAGUGAAUGAUGAAAGGGUACAAAGGAGUGCAUGAAAUAUAAUCUAGAAGGUGAAAUUCUAGACAUUAAGAAUUAGAUAGUGUGUGAUUGAAUAGGCUUCUGUGAAUUAUUUAAAAAAA